UCCGGGCGGGGCGGCUGCUCCCCGCCCCGCUCCCCCGGCAGCCGGCGGAGCCGCCGGGCGCGGAGGCGGGGCGGGACCCCGCGCCGGCCGGGCGGGCCGAGGAGUCUCUGCCCCUUCCUUAAGCGACAACUUUUUGAGCAAACCACAAGGCGGGAGGAGGGGUUUGUCCCGCGGCGAGCGGGGAGGAGGAGGAGGAGGAAGUAAGUGAGGGGAGCGCCGAGGCCGGAGGGGCGGGGGGCUGCUCCGUGCCGCCGCCGCCGCCCCGCUGCCCCCGCGGCCCCCGGGAAGCCGCCGGGCCCGCCACGGAGGGUCUGGCUGCAACUCCGCCGCUUCCCGAGCCCGCAGCUGGCAGCGCCCGCAGCCCGCUCCGUCCCGGCGGCGCGGCGGGCGGCCGGUAGCGGCUCGCGGAGCUCCUCUCUGCCAGUAGCUGCUUUUAGUCGGCUGCGAUGAGGAUCCGUCUGGCGAGAAGAUGGACGUGGGUCCGCAAAAGCUGUGUGUUUCUCGGCUUCUUGAUGAUCGCUUACUUUGCGGUCGAGCUGUCGGUUUCUUCCUUCGGUGCCUCCCUCGCCGGGGAGAGCAUCAGCAAAGGGAAAUGGGAGAGGCGCUUUUCUGACAGUGCAGAAGAAGCUGUGGAUUUGGCUCGUCCAGUUUAUGACAAAUCCCCGCCUGAUCCCUAUGCCCCAGGAGAAUGGGGUAAGGCUUCUCGCCUGCAGCUGGGCCCUGAGGAAAAGAAACAGGAAGAAGAGCUGAUUGAGAAGUAUGCAAUUAAUAUUUAUUUGAGUGAUAAAAUCUCUCUCCAUCGGCACAUUGAAGAUAAUCGACUGAGUGGCUGUAAAACUAAAUCUUAUGACUACAGAAGGCUGCCCACGACGUCUGUUGUAAUUGCUUUUUACAAUGAAGCCUGGUCGACAUUGCUGCGGACAAUACAUAGCGUUCUUGAAACAUCACCCUCAGUACUUCUAAAAGAAAUUAUACUGGUGGAUGACUUGAGUGAUAAAGUGUAUUUGAAGGCUGAACUUGAAAAAUACAUAAGCAGUCUGAAAAGAGUUCGUUUGAUAAGAACCAACAAACGAGAAGGAUUGGUCCGUGCACGCUUAAUUGGCGCUACCUUUGCUACUGGUGAUGUCCUCACGUUUCUAGACUGUCACUGUGAAUGUGUUUCUGGCUGGCUGGAACCACUGCUCGAGAGGAUUGCUGAGAAUGAGACUGUUAUUGUUUGUCCUGUCAUUGACACCAUUGACUGGAAAACAUUUGAAUACUACAUGCAAACAGCAGAGCCCAUGAUUGGGGGGUUUGACUGGCGGCUGACAUUCCAGUGGCACUCGGUGCCUAAACAUGAACGUCUCAGGCGCAAAUCUGAAACCGACCCAAUCAGAUCCCCAACUAUGGCUGGUGGCUUGUUUGCUGUCAGCAAGAAGUAUUUUGAGUACCUGGGCACCUACGAUACAGGAAUGGAUGUUUGGGGCGGGGAGAACUUAGAAUUAUCAUUUAGGGUUUGGCAGUGUGGAGGCAUGUUGGAAAUUCAUCCGUGCUCCCAUGUAGGCCAUGUGUUUCCAAAGCGUGCACCCUAUGCCAGACCAAAUUUCCUUCAGAACACAGCACGUGCUGCUGAGGUGUGGAUGGAUGAGUACAAGGAGCACUUUUACAACAGAAAUCCUUCAGCAAGGAAAGAAAACUAUGGAGAUAUUUCUGAAAGGAAGAUACUAAGAGAGCGUUUGAAAUGCAAGAGUUUUAACUGGUAUUUAAAAAACGUAUUUGCUGAGUUGCAUGUACCAGAAGAUCGUCCUGGCUGGCAUGGUGCUAUCCGCAGUGCAGGAAUAGCUUCAGAAUGCCUCGACUAUGUCUUACCAGAACAUCAUCCUACUGGGGCUCACCUUUCUCUCUUUGGAUGUCAUGGUCAGGGAGGCAAUCAAUUUUUUGAAUACACAUCAAAUAAAGAGAUUAGAUUUAACUCAGUGACUGAGCUGUGUGCUGAAGUCCCUGAGCAUGAAGACUUCAUAGGUAUGAGGAGAUGCCCAAAAGAUGGAUCUCCUACCCCUGAAAUUAUUAUAUGGCAUUUCAAAGAAGAUGGGACUAUUUAUCAUCCUCAUUCAGGAAAGUGCCUUACUGCUUAUCGUACAACUGAGGGGCGUGCUGAUGUGCAAAUGAGAACUUGUAAUGCUGCAGAUAAAAAUCAGAUUUGGAAAUUUGAGAAAUAAUCACUGCUGGUAGUACAAAUUGAAUGGACUGUAAUCUCCAAGGUUUUUAAAUGUGUGAGCAGAUAGCAAUGUUGGAUUGUAUACCUUGGGAUGUCUUCUGAUGUGUCUGUAGUGGUGGAGAAACUGUAUCUGCUGUGGUGAACUGUAUGGAAAGCAAAAGUAAAUAAUGGGGUUUAGUUUCUAAAAUGUUCAGUACAGAUCUAAUGCCUUUUACUUUUGUAACAUUUUGAUCCAUUGUUUUCUGACUUUGGUCUGUCUUGAUUAUGGUAAAGCAAAGGCUUUUGAGUGGACUGAGGAGGGAUUUUUUUUUGUUUUUUCUUUAAAAGAAAAAUUAUACACAUUAUCUUCCAGGGUUAAUGUUACAUGAAAGUGAAGAGUCUUUCCUUACAGAAGUGAAAGUUAAGGUUCUUUCAGUAGAAUUAACUGACCUAUGUUGCGGCUAUAUUAUAACAUAUGUAUCUAACACCUUUCAGUAAUGCUACAGUAACUUGUGAUUGAGUCAACAUUGAUGGGGAAAGCUGAAUCUUAAGCCUUGUAAUAUUCUGCAGGUUUUUUGGAAUUUACAUGCUUUUAAAGGUUUCAGGGUGACAGCCAGCUCUCUUACAUUGAAGAAAAGGAAGGUUUUUUAGUAGAUAGGCUUUGGCACUGCUUUGCACUUUUGUGCCUGUUCUGGAAAAACUUACCUCAUGAGGCUGAGUCAGGAGCUUUCAUGGAUUUGGAGAAGAAUAUGGUAGCAGUGGACAUGCUGGUGGUGCCACAAGUGGGGAGAAAUAGGGAUGGCUACAAGUAAGAAUUCUGUUUAAAGAUAAUGAAGAAGGAGAGAAAGCGCAAAGCUGCAUUAUCUGCUGCUGUUUCUUAGGUAUAUAUUUAAUAUUAUGUUGCUUUUCCAUGUUGAGCCUGGCAUCCUAGGGACACAUACCUUAUGUGACUAUACCAUGUAUCCAUUUUUGGAGGGGGUCUGUCAGCAGGGUAGAGGAAGGAGACACAGAGGCAAACUUGGGCUGUUUUGUUUUGCAUUCUGCAUUUUGGCAAUGGUUGGCAUGCAUCAGCCCUAGGCAGAGUUUAAAUAAUGCAGUGUAUUCUGCCUCUGUCUAGUCACAACAGUACCACAGGAGACCUCGGGUAAGGCUGUGAAGCUGCAGUUCCUGAAGUGAGGUGAGUUGAAAAGGCAGUUUGGAGGAGAACAAGAUUUGUUGGUUAAGUGGUUCACAGACAAAUUUAGAAUGUUUUCUGUAUCCUGUUAUGCUGAGUUUUGAAGAGUAUUGAUUCUUGACGUGUGUCAUUAAUCUGCUUUGAGCGUGAUUAUAGACAAUAGAUGUGAUAUGUGUAGCGUACUUGAAAAAAAUCUUGUGUUUAGUAUCUGUGUUUUUUAGCUUUAUAUGGUUUAGGUUGAACACUUAUCUUAAUGUUUCAGGCAUUCCAGCUUUUUUGAUUACUUUCACUGAAGUGAUAAAUGUUCUUCAUUAACCACAGUGUAGUAAUUCUUGACGUGGGGCUGGUAGGUAGGAACUGGAGCUAGUGAGUGAGGAAUAAGAAUCUGGACACUUGAGGAAUGUGGUAGGUGUGCAUUUGCUGCAGUAGGUAGAAGGGUUAAAAGGGAGCAAGUGAGACCCUGAAAUAACUGAAGAUUUGCCAAAAAUAAAGCAAAAGUAAAUUAAGGUAUAUUCUUGAAUCCUGGUGAUUUUAAAGCGUUGAGAGGUUUGGGUGGAAGCAGGCUAAGAGAGAAGGGGAACAGAAAAAAAAAAUUUGGAGCUGGGGUUGUAGUGUUGAAUCAUGCUAAAAGUGCUUGCCACUGUGUGGCGUGGGUUGUUUUAAGUCUAACUUAUUUUUAGGAGGUUACUUGCAAUUUGAAUUUUUUCUCUUUUUUCUUUUUUUUUUUUUUUAAUGUUCCCUAGGCUAUUUUUUAAUCUUUAUUUUUUUUAACAAAGGGAACUUCUUUACUAUAUAAGGGAGACAUUCCUGAAAAAUUCCAUUCCACUCUGCAGCAAGGAAUUGUUUUGUGGACCUACAAGUUAUGAACCAUUUAUCAAAUUUUAAAAGAUAGCCAGUCAUUAUGUGCUGGAGCAAUAAAUUACAUAAAAUAUGUGCUUUUUUGAAAAGCUUGCUGUAGACUGUUGCGUUCAAUAGAAAUGACAGGAAAAAGGCCUGUGUUCUCCUACAUAAGCAGGAGCAUAAGUUGUGUGUGCAAUGCAUGUUUCCUCAGAUGAAAGUAAUUUAAUGGUGUGAAUAUAGACUAUGCAACUUUUAUACAAUUAACUUUUUUAACACUUGGCAAAAACUGCCUUUCAUAUAAAGAACUACCUUCAUGUUAAAACUGACAUUCACAGUGUUCCUUAUCUACUUCAGCAAUAAGUCGAAGUGAAUCUGCCUCUUAAAGUUGGAAAAGUUAUUCUGUAUGUAUGUAUUUCAACCCUUCCUCCUCCCCACCACCUCCCAUUCUAUUUUUGUGAUUAUUUAAAAAUUAAAAGGGGGGGGGGGGAAGCAAAUGUGAGUAACCUGGCAUUAAAAAAAUAUAUUUACAUUUCUUCCCAAUGGCAAUAAAAAAUGGGGGGAGGCGAAGGAAAGAGGAGGGACUAGAGAAGGAGAAAGAAACAAAAACAAAAAACCCUUGCCAUUUAAUGUUCCACUAGUUUUGAUGUAAGUUGCAGCAAUUCUACAGAAAUACUCCAAUCUGGUUGUUUUUCAGUGUGUACAGAUUUUUGGAAAAUCUGAAAUUUGGAAUGAUUUUUCUAUCCUGUUAGACUCUGAAAAUUUGGGGAACACUUCUAUAUAUAUUUUAAACUACUGAUUUUAAGUGACUUAAAAGAAAUUGAAUGUAAACUUAACACUGAAUAAAUGUGGGAGGGCUUCGGGGUUUCUUUGAAAAAAUAAAAUCCAGAAUGUUAAUUAAAUGUGGGCUAGUGUGCUGACUCUUUCCAAUUCUCUUCCUGUUGUUUAAGUACAUACAGUAUACAAUAAAAACUGCCAUGAGCUUGAACUUA